AUGUCUGCACGAACGCGCACGGCCGAACAGAGCAUAUUCAAACGGCCAGCUCCGUCUGCGGUCACGUAUGACCUUUCGGUGCCAGAUCAGGCUACCAUCAGACUCCCACCAGACUCAACGUGGACCUCAGGCCCGCAUUGGCACGACAACCACACCGAGUUCCUGCAGGUACUGUCCGGUCAUGCAGAAAUCAGGCUCUCGGGCACCAUGAUGCCCUCAGUCAGCGCCAUUGACGGAGUCGUCAUCGUCCCUCGCGGUACCGUCCAUGAAUGGCGCCGGAGCCCGAGCGCAGGCCUGGAUGAUGAGUUGGUCGUCAAGGAAUGGACCGACCCGAAGGACGGCCAGAAGGAAGCAUUCUUCAAAAAUCUCAACGGCAUCAUCUUAGACGCGAUAAGCGCCGGUGAUGGCAGCUGGCGGAUGCGGACGUUGGAUCUGGAGCUGAGGAACCUGUUCUGGAGGAUGGACAAUUGGCCCGAGUUCCUCAGUCCGUCCUGGCCUGGCUGGAUACAAGGUGCCAUGACUCGAUUCCUGCUACUCGGCUCCGUCAUCGUUGGGAAAGUCUUAGGGUGUCGUGGAUCGUAUGAGGAAUACUGCUCAACAUAG